CGCAGUCCCAAAUUUAUUCUCAUUCUCAUUCUCUCUCUCCCCGACUCUCUCUCUCCCCCACCCUCUCUCUCCCUCCGACUCUCUCUCUCUCCCCCCCUCUCUCUCUCUCUCACACACACACACACACACACACACACAAUUUCUCAAACAUCAAACAUUCCCAUUAACGAAAGGAUUCAGUAAUUGUAACCAUACGUCAGGACUGUGCGUGGCCUGCGAGGCUGUUCGAACAUCCCUCCCCCUCCUCAGACGCCACGUUGAGCCUCUUCACUCCAGCUCUGUGCUGCCAUUACUGCGGGCACCAACUUGUUGGCACUCUGCAAUGUCCGGCCUUUGCUCACAUAUUCACAGAUAACCAUUUGAAAGCUUCCAGUCUCCAAUGGUUUUACUAAACGUAGGAUGGGACUUACGUUAAACGGAGUGUACCUUGUGCUUAUUCUUGGCGUACAGCUCGCCUAUCUGUUCCGUAGUGUGCGAGCGGCGGGGAAGUGCGAUGCGGUUUUCAAAGGGUUUUCCGACUGUCUGUUGAAACUAGGAGACAACGUGGCCAGUUACCAGCAAGGCACGGAUGACAAGCAGAAUGUUAAAACCAUCUGCUCAUACUGGAACGACUUUCACGCAUGUGCAACGACCGCCCUCGCAGACUGUCAAGAUGGAGCGACGGAUGUUUGGGAGAAACUCAAAGAAGAUUCCAAAAACUUGGAUUUCGAAGGCAGUUUGUUUGAUCUAUGUGAAAGGAAUAACUCCGCAAACACAAUAAUUCCCCAGUGUUUUACCUUGGUCAUUUUAACAUUGUCCGCCUUACUGACCUGGAUUACACUCUAGGAAGACAGACAGGCGUUAAAACAUACACACACACUCACGCAUAGUGUGGAUUUGCAAUCAUUUCAGAACCACUGGACUUUCAAAAGAUAAUUGCAAGGACUGGAAAUAUCUCCUUCGUUUUUGAUUUACACAAAGGCGGCUUCGUGUUAUUUGCCAAAAUGUUAUCGAGAAGCGAUCGGCGGGGAAAACUCGCAGAUAUCAUCUGAAUAAUAAAAGAUACAAACCAGAACCCAAAAGUUCGGAUCAAACUCAGGAACGGCCUCGGGCCAUCGCGAUAGAUCGUGGGUCAUUCGCAGGAGGAGAGAGCGAGGAUGAGAGAAAGAAAGAGUACAGCAAAAAGCAGUUCAGUCUUUUAUGCGAUUAAUCUACCAAUUCGUUCUGUUCUAGUGUGCCACCACCCCGCGCGAAUUCAAGUCUACAGCUUCAACCACUGCACAGUUCUUAUAUUAUUCGCAACACAACUAUGGUGAUCACUUCCCAGGAAUCUCCGAAAGAUGGGCACGGUUUAAAUGGCAUUCCCUCUUCGGAGAUUUGUUUCGUAUUGUAAAGAUAUAUUGCCAUCUUCAUCAGCUUUUUUUAAUUUCUUUAUUUUAAAUAGAUAUCUAUAAAUAAUAAAUAUAUAUGCUGACUUAUUUUUGGAUGUCGCGUAGCAGAAUAGAUCUCAAAAGGUCUUCAAUGUAUGUCAAACGAAACGAUUUGAGAAUCGAUCAUUAUUUUAGAGUUUAACAAAAAAUAUUCGUAAUAUUCAUAAACGGGCAAAAAAUAACUAGAGCUACAUAUCCAUAAAUAAAUAAAAUGUAUGAGUUUGUGUGUUUGGAAUGGCAGUGCCGCUUGUUGUUUGAGCGAGUAUUAGAGGGAACAAUAUUAAUCAGUCUAAUAUAUUAAUAUCCUAAAAGAAUAUGGUUAUACUGUUGUCGUAAGAUUUGUAUUAAAAUUAUGACUUAAAAUAUCCUUUUCCCAGCCUCUGUUGCUCAAGCUUUUAGUGGCAGAUGGAUUGUUCAAUAAUUAAUAAGACAGGAUAUUCAGGCAGCAGCGAGUUUGUAAUCGAUAUGAGUCGGCGUAAUGUCUCCCGUUAUCUGGUGAUUUUAGUUUAAUGGAAGGGAGAGUGGGAAAGAGGUAGGAGUGACAGGAGAGUGAGACGGUAGGCUCUGAGUAUCUGACAGCGAGUUUAGAUUUUGAUAUGGAAGGAGAAAGGGAAACGGCUGAUUCAUUGAAGAUAUUCUCGAUAACGGAGGCGCUAAGCGUGAAUGUAUCCCCGGCUCUCCUGCGUGCUUUGAAUACAAUACGAAAUAGCGAAGAUUUCUCCGCUGCAACUGCACUGUGAUGGUGAUUUCAGAUCUCCACCAGUUCCCUGAGCAGUACUCAGGGCGGUAACCUGGAGUGCUUUCUCUCAUCACCGACUAACGGCCCGCUUUCAGAUAGACUCCAAGAAGAUUCAAUUCUUCCCCCAGAACUGGUUUAGAAACAAUAUGAUGUUUUGGGUCUAUGUUCAAUUUUCAGAAUUAUUGGUUGUCUUAAGGAUUAACCCGGGGGUGUAUCGAAGUGGUUCUCGAGCCAAAGCGAGAAAGGCUUCCAGCGGUCAGGUUCCAAGCAAGCCGGUGAAGAUCGAUUAGUGCAGAUGGGGGAAAAGCCCGUCCAAACUAUUCUGCAAAAAGAAUUUUACAAUAUUCGGAUAAACAUAUUAACCCAAAUCAAUAACUUGAGUUAACAUAUUUAUCAGAGUAUUUUAAAUCCACUAAAACCAGAAACUAAGCAGGACUUACAAUAUUCUAUGUUUCGAAUGCACUAAGGCGUGAUUUAAAAAUUAGAUGAACCAAGUCCAAUGUGAUGCGAAUUAUUUGUUGCCGUCCCCAUAAGAUUUCCCCCAAACGUUUCAGGAUAUUCCCCAGUCUAAAGAAGAGGCGUUAGCAGUCCAGGCAAAACGCGAAAUUAUUUAGAUAUAGGUCUGAAUUGAUCUCCUUGGAAACAUUUUUUUUGGUAAUUAAAUCCUACCAAAGCAAAGGCAAAUCUGAUUAAAUAGAGAUUAAAUAUUAAAUCAUGGCUUUUGUGAUGCGGAGGUAUAAAUUCUACUAAAUGUCUCUGUAACCCAUUGCACAGAGAUCCGGUCAAAACCGGCCUUGGCGCUUGCGGUCUAAAAUGAUCUCAUGCAAGAUCAACGAUCUUAACAGGUGUAUUUAUCAGCUGAGCAGAUCCCGCGCAUAACAAAAAAAUUGACGGAGGGAUCUGCUGGGGCUGUUAACCCUUCGAUCAGCUGGUUUUAAAAUUAUGAGUCUAUCAAAAUAAAUUGGAAUAAGAGAGGAGCGAGCCUUCUGUUUUGAACUAUGGAAUUGGAAAUUCGGGUUCAAGUUCAGGAUUUUGACUUUGCAAAUUGUCUUUUGCGUCUUGCAGUCCCGGUGAGUGCCAGACGCUCGACAGGUUUUUUUAUCCGGCCCUGCAGCAUCACCAGUCUCCAGAGGGUCUGAGAUGAAUGAAUGCUGCCCCGGGGGAGGUGCACUGGGUCGUGAAUGCGGCAAGCCAGUGAGUGAAGGAGGGAGUGAGAACCCCUCCCCAUGCACAGAUCACAUUCACAUAGUCCCGCUGCAAAAGAGGAAGGGCGAGAACCCGCCCCCAAGCUUCGUUGCAAGGAGGGGGCGGUGGGAGGGGAAUUUUCCAAUGUACUUUUGUAGACUUGUAAUCGUGAAACCAGCUGAUGAAUGGUUACUUGUCUCCAGCUAAGUAGGAAGAGUAAAGCACACACUUAAAAACACCCUUACUUUUUAUGCAGUACACGUUACACCGGAUCAAAGCUCUUGUCGAGGCAGAACCAGUUAACUACUGCUGGCCGAUUACCAAUUUUUAGAAAAUAUUAAUUAAUGGAAGAGCGUAGUGGAAAGCGAGGAGGGGUGAGUUUCUGUUGCUAGCAAUGCAACUAAGGCGCGGGUAUUCAUGGGGAUCAGAAAAUGAUUUAAUAAUGAAUGUUUCAUGCUUAGUUCUGCAGGAGACUGCGUUACCUAGGCGACGGCGGCGGGGCGAAGGUUGAUAGACAACUUCAGGUGCGUGCAGUUGAGAAGAGACAGAAAUGGGAGGGAUUUAGAAAAAGAGAUACAAAUUCAAACUGAUCCCCGCAAGAGAUAAAUUCAUAAAUAAUCGCUGUUAAACGUGAAUUGAACUGAGUUUUAUUCCAACAAAAGGAGUUUUGUUUUUGUUUUCUGUGAUCGUACCCGCAAAAACGACGUGCAUUGAGGCCUCUCUAGUGAUUUUAUCCGCAGCGGAUCCGUGCAAUAUGAGAUGAACUAUUUAUGGAAUUGUCCUGCAGGGAGGUGGACAGGCCGCCAAGUUCUGAAUGUGACUGCUUGCGCCUGGAGUUCUGGAGCUGGAUGGGAGGGAGCAACUCUGUGAGAUCGCAACUAAAACAGCCAUGGUGUGAAAAUGUGGUCUUUCCUCAGUUUGGAACAGAGUCACGCCGAGUCAGCUGGUACUUAAUUAACACCCCGCCUGCCGUAUGGUUUCAGGCAGAGUCCGUCUCGCCUGUAGCAGAGUCGGAGUGCCAAAUUUCACGUCAAAAAAAAACGUAGUUUCAGAAAUGAAAAUAAAAUUCUGCGAAGUGAGAACCCGAUUUACAACAAAUAUAAUAUUUCAGAAGUUUAGGAAAACAAAAUAAGGGUGCUUUGCCAAAAGGUCAACAGUAUAACCAUAUUCUUGGCAACGAUCUCAGACUCGAAAACAAAACAGUAUAGUACUCUUGAAACUGAAAUUAGACCAUGAACUAUGUUAACAUUCAUUGCUAUAAAUAGAAGAAAACGUUUGUACGAAUGGUUUGAAAAAAAACUUGAACAUAACACAAGUUACCGAUCGAAAAGUGUGAGAAAUUAUCUGAGAAUCAACAGUCCUUCCCCAAAUGGUGGGCACUCUCUGCUAUUUUAUCCAAACAUGAGCAAGGUUAACCCCAACUUGCGCUUUAAACUACUUAGAAUUAUUUUCAUCCUAGUUUUGCACAUUCAGACCGAGUUCAGUGGCUGGACGGACACUAAACGUCUCAGCGAUGUGGUGGGUUGCGAUGCCGAAGCCUUAUACCGUACAGCCCACUUCUGUUGUUAAACAUUCGAUACCCCUCCAGAGGAAGCGGCUUACCGUCUGAGCGGUAUGAAGGAUGGAGGAUAUAAUGGUUUAAUUCUACACAUUCGUUUAAUGUUUAGAUUGUUUUAGCAACCUCAUACACCCGCGCGUGGAUACCUAUAAAUGUUACAUUCAAUAAACAUAUCACAUAUUAGGUCUGCAUAAAAAGCCCAGCUUUAACAAAGAGCCGCAAAACAAGAGCAUUGUUUACACCCUAAAACGGCACAAAUAACGAGUAGGUUGGUUAUCGAAAUAGAUUGCAGAUUCCAUUGCUAUAUCCAAUAAAACCGUCUUCAAAAUAGUUACCUCAAGUAAAAGCAAAAUAUACGUCGCAACAGAUGUAGUUUUGAGAUUAACGAUUUACCUGCUUCUCCGCGCUUUUCUGUUUGGGGGUUUUAUAUAGAAUUCUCUUUUUUUUUGUAAUAUUAGUUCUUGUGCGAACAAAACCAAGUGUGCUACGUGUUUAAAGAUUGGGAUAAUUGCUUGCAACCAUUUAAGUGGAGUUGAUGCCUUUAUACCCGUCCUUAUGUAAUCCCUGUGCCCAUAAUCAUAAGAAUGUGCAGAAGUGUCGUGAUGUAAUAAUGCCUGAUGUCUUUUAAAUAACCUCGAUUUGUUUCGUUGGAUAUGUUCAUUUUCUUUUGCUCAACGUUGUAAUGAGAUCUCACAACGUUUACCUUGACUUUUAUUAAGCUCUGUAUA